CUUACUUGGUCAAAGUGGGACUUGCUUCUGCGUUGAAGGAUAUUGCUGCUUUUCGGAAGAAAAUGAAAACGGUCUGCAAUAGAAAAAGGCUGUCCAUUCGGAGUCGUUCAAUUUGCCGAAGAAGAGGAAGAUGGCUGCGUAGAAUCGACGAGCGGUUAAUGGGAGCGUCACAUCGUCCAAGACAAUCGCUAUUUCGAUCGAGGACGAGUUGUUCGAUAAUCCAUCUGCUGUUGCGUUGAACUGUCAAAAUGACGGCGAUACCCGGAACCGUGGCAUUCGACGAAUUCGGCCGGCCUUUUAUCAUUCUGAGGAACCAAGAGAAGCAGCAACGACUCAUCGGUCAUGAUGCGAUCAAGUCGCAUAUUUUGGCAGCACGUAACGUGGCCAGUAUUCUUAGAACAUCCUUAGGACCUAAGGGACUGGAUAAGUUGAUGGUGAGUUCCGAUGGAGAUGUCACUGUUACCAAUGAUGGUGCUACAAUCCUGAAGAACAUGGACGUUGACCAUGAAAUUGCCAAGCUUAUGGUUCAGCUGUCGAAAUCUCAGGAUGAUGAAAUUGGAGAUGGCACUACUGGAGUAGUUGUUUUAGCUGGUGCGCUUCUGGAACAAGCUGAACAAUUAUUAGAUAAGGGAAUUCAUCCAAUUAGAAUAGCUGAUGGUUUCGAAUUAGCAGCGAGAUGCUCUACCGAACAUCUCAAGACAAUAACAGAUGACUUUAAAGGGACCCCAGAAAAUUUGGAGCCUUAUAUCGACAUUGCUAUGACAUCACUUGGUUCCAAGAUUGUUAACAAGCAUCAUAGACAGAUGGCAGAAAUUGCUGUACAAGCUGUGCUGGCAGUUAUGGAUCCUGUUACUCGCGAUGUUAAUUUUGAACUAAUCAAGAUAGAAGGAAAGGUUGGUGGUAGAUUGGAAGAUACUGUCUUGGUACGUGGUGUCGUUGUCGACAAGGACUUCAGUCAUCCACAGAUGCCAAAGAGAUUAGAAAAUGUCAAAUUGGCCAUCCUAACAUGUCCCUUCGAGCCGCCGAAACCCAAAACAAAGCAUAAGUUGGAUGUCACGUCGGUCGACGAUUACAGAGCCUUGCGUGAUUACGAGCGCGAGAAAUUCACAGAAAUGGUGAAGCAAAUUAAAGAUGCUGGUGCGACACUGGCUAUUUGUCAAUGGGGUUUCGACGAUGAAGCCAAUCAUCUUCUGUUACAAAACAAUUUGCCUGCGAUUAGAUGGGUUGGUGGCCCAGAAAUUGAACUUAUCGCCAUUGCAACUGGUGGACGUAUUGUACCUCGCUUUGAGGAAUUGACACCGGAGAAACUUGGUCAUGCCGGGGUCGUCAGGGAAUUAACUUUCGGGACAACAAAGGAUCGAAUGUUGGUCAUUGAGGAAUGCAAGAAUUCUCGCGCCGUGACAAUCUUUAUCCGUGGCGGCAACAAAAUGAUUAUUGAAGAGGCAAAACGAUCAAUACACGAUGCAUUGUGUACCGUGCGUAACGUAGUCAAGGACAACAAGAUCUUAUACGGUGGAGGUGCAGCGGAAAUAUCUUGCGCAUUAGCAUGUGCGGCGCAAGCUGAUAAAAUCAGCACUCUGGAACAGUAUGCCUUCCGUUCCUUUGCCGAGGCUCUGGAGAGUGUCCCCAUGGCACUCGCGGAAAAUGCUGGUCUUUCUCCGGUGGAUACCAUAGCAGAAAUCAAGGCGCGUCAAUUAGCUGAGAAAAAUCCCGCUCUUGGUAUCGAUUGUUUAAAUCGAGGCACUGCGAAUAUGAAGAGACAGAACGUCAUCGAAACUCUGACGAGCAAGACACAACAGAUACUGUUGGCUACGCAGCUAGUUAAGAUGAUUCUAAAAAUCGAUGAUAUACGGUCGCCUAAUGAUUUCGGCGAUAUGUCUUAAUGAGCUAAGAUCAAUAAUAAAUUAUCAUAAUCACACACAAAA